CAAAGACGCGACGUCCCAGUUCCUGUCGUUAUAAAUGUGCCCGGAGCCGGAGCCGUGAUACUGGAGAAUGAGAGAGCUACUAUCGAGACUCCACACAACAAGACAUUGGACCUGCCAGUCCUUUAGUUUUUAUUUCAAUUUCCUCGUCAUUCCAGGUGUGAUAUAGUAGGAAAUAAGAUGGCCACGUCCGCCAGCUCCAGCUUGAGUAAAGCUGUUAAACAGCAAUACAUGGAGCUCCCUCAGGGGGAUAAGGUGCAAGCCAUGUAUAUUUGGAUUGAUGGCACUGGAGAGGGGCUCCGCUGCAAAACCAGGACGCUGGAUGCUGAGCCCAAAAGCAUCGAAGAUCUACCUGAAUGGAACUUUGACGGCUCUAGUACCUACCAGUCAGAGGGAUCCAACAGUGACAUGUAUCUGAUUCCCUCUGCGAUGUUUCGUGAUCCCUUCCGUAAAGAUCCCAACAAGCUGGUCCUGUGUGAAGUGCUGAAGUACAACCGCAAGCCUGCAGAAACCAACCUGCGAAUUACAUGCAAGAAGGUCAUGGAGAUGGUGGAGGACCAGCAGCCUUGGUUUGGCAUGGAGCAGGAGUACACCAUCCUUGGCACAGACGGACACCCAUUUGGCUGGCCAUCUAACGGCUUCCCCGGACCACAAGGUCCGUACUACUGUGGGGUGGGAGCAGACAAAGCUUAUGGCAGAGAUAUAGUCGAGGCCCAUUACAGAGCCUGUCUGUAUGCUGGAGUGCAGAUUUGUGGCACAAAUGCGGAAGUGAUGCCUGCACAGUGGGAGUUUCAGGUUGGACCUUGUGAGGGCAUCAACAUGGGUGAUCAUCUCUGGGUGGCACGCUUCAUCCUGCACCGGGUCUGUGAGGACUUUGGAGUGGUCGCCUCAUUUGAUCCUAAGCCAAUCCCUGGUAACUGGAAUGGUGCUGGCUGCCACACAAACUUCAGCACGAAAGAGAUGAGGGAAGAUGGUGGACUAAAGGCCAUUGAGGAAUCAAUUGAGAAGCUCGGGAAGAGGCACCACUAUCACAUUCGUGCCUAUGAUCCCAAAGGGGGGCUUGACAAUGCCCGCCGUCUCACCGGCCACCAUGAAACCUCCAACAUCCAUGAAUUCUCCGCAGGCGUGGCCAACCGUGGUGCCAGCAUCCGCAUUCCUCGCAAUGUUGGCCAGGAGAAGAAGGGCUACUUCGAGGACCGCCGUCCAUCAGCCAACUGCGACCCCUACGCUGUGACCGAGGCCCUGAUCCGCACCUGUUUGCUCAGCGAGGAAGGAGAUGAACCGGUGGAUUAUUAAACUUGCAUCUCACUUGAACUGAGUCCUUUUGCCCUCCACUGCCCUUCUUUCCUUAUCUUUUCUUUAAACAGCUGAGAGUAAAGCUAGUACUGUAUUUUUUUCCUCUCCCACUGAAAUGAUUUUAACCUGCAUUUUUAAAAUAGCUUAAAGUUGGCUGGUCAACUUAACCAUGGCAAGGCGGUUGUAUCCUAGUUGAGGACAUGGUAAUCACAGGGUAUGUCUUUCCCCUUAUGUUUUUAGAAGGGACUGGCUUUUGUAACAUUGUUUAAAGCCCAUGUCAUGAUGUACCCUUCCCUCUGUCUAUCAAUGUAUAGAAUGAACUAAAGCACAUGGACACUGAAGAGUAGAGCUGCUAAGGCUGGACAGCAUGUGUAACUUCUUAAUAAAUCUAUGACUAGUUUGUGUACUGUUAAUAUGUUGACAUACCUUUUCAACUACUCAGUCUUCAAUGUUACUAAUUCUUUUUAAGAAGUGUCUAUUUUUAAAUGGCAAUGUUUAAUGUCUUCAGAUUUUGACACACUGGGUCAAGUUGUAUGGUACACUCUGUAGAUGUCUGUGCCCAGACUUUUGUUGUCCAAAUGUGGUGGAUCUGUCCAUAUGCCAUUUGUAGAGUUCCUGUACGACUCAUGAAGGAGUUUUAUCCUUUUGUCAACUGCUAUAUUGUAAUGCACCUGAUUCAGUAAAACAUCAGUUUACUGGACCUGGUGUUUUUUUAUUAAAACAUUUUAAAACUUAUUUUUUACCACA